AUGCCUUUCAACAACAUGACACAGCUUUUUACUAAAAGAUGUUUGCUUUGGAUAAAACUAUCACUUGCCUCCCUCUUGAUGACUAGGCAAAGGAUGGAGGUUAGGGAUGGGAGUAAGGAUGACAGUACAGAAGGGGGUGGGGGUGACAGCACAGGUGGGGUAAUAUACCCACCUCAUAAUUACAUUAGGGAAACUCUCAAUGGUUCUCUCAUUCUAAAUGUUUGGCUUUCAAAAUUUGCACCAUGGUUUGGUUGGUUGGGGGUGGGAAGAGGAUGGGGAGUGUGGGGAAGUGUGACAUCUGGAGACAAGAUCUGCAUAGUCACUCCCCCAGAUAUUCCAGCUGUACAGUUUAAGGAGGGUCACACUUGCAUCCAACCUGUUCCAGGGAUGGUUGAAAUGCAAGAAGGAGUACCUUAUGUAGCUUUGGUCAAUGGCAAUAAUGCCAAGGCUGUAAUGUAUCCAGAGGGGAAACCUAUCUGGGCAUUUGUCAAGAAGCUUCAAAAUCAGAUAUGGGGGAGAGCAGCAAUCCCCUUGAGCAUUUCAAAAGAAGAGUGGGAAGUGUUCAAACAUAUUAUGAUGGAAAAUAAUGUGUUUUCAUUUGGCAGACUUGAGCUGGGAGCAGUUGGUUGCCAGAUGAACAUCUCUGAGUGUUUGAGUGGUGAAGAACUAGUAAAGGCUAUAGGAGACCUUCAUGCUAAGGAUAACCCAUUAACAUUUACCUUGGUAACUAUAUUGCUGCACAUACCACCUGGGAUUUACACUGACAUUGACAACUAUGACAGAAUAAGUGUCACUAAUGAGGUCAUUACUAACUGGAACCUUUCUGGUCUGGUUAAUAAUGUUGUUUAUAUAAGCUACAUCCAAAAAGGUUCACUGAGAUGCACUAUUCAAGGAGUUUCUACUGAUGUUUAUUUAACAAGUUCCUGCAGAGGCACCAUCCAGCAGGCUUUUGCUCCUGGGUCACUAUAUUUUGGCAAUCAAACUAGGAUGGAGACUACCAAAGCCAGAGAUUACAGUUACCUUAACUAUCUCCAACAUGGAAGACUCACACUUAGGCCAUCAUUUGAGAACUAUGUUGCACUAGAGCUUGCUUGCAUGGUGUGGAAUGGCAAAGUCAAGGUCAGAAUGGAUCUGGGUUAUCUCUUAGCAACUGUCCAGGACCCUAAUAGAACCAGGCAAAUAUGUCCUCCAAUUUAUCCCAUUGCACAAGCUAAACAGCUCUGGUACAAUCAUAUAAGAUAUCUUCAUAUGCAAUCAGUUGUUUUUGGGUAUUCAAUCAACUUGGUGAAGGAGGACUUACAGUGUUUCUGUAACUCUUCUCAGGCAGUGAAUGAAAAAAGGAAAAGAGAGGUCGAGGCCUAUAAAUAUGAUGAGGGGGAGGAGCUGGAGGUAGAGGCAGAGGCAGAGGCAGAUAAUGACCAGAACUGGAGGGAUGAGGAUAAUAACUGUGAGGACCAGAGACCAGUGAAACAGCUCACCAAUGAACCAUAG